UGGCGUGUGCCACAACAUCUAGUGGAUAGUGUUAGAGAGCUCUCUCUCGAGUGUUUUAAAUCAUAAAUAAACGAAAUGGAUUUCAGCGUGAAGAAAUUAGCCUCCGGUGCUGGACUGUUUUUGACACGGGCUGUCCAGUUCACAGAGGAGAAGUUGGGCCAAGCAGAGAAGACCGAGUUGGACGCUCAGUUUGAGAACCUGAUCAGCCGAGCAGACUGCACCAAACACUGGACCGAGAAAAUCUACAGACAGACUGAGGUCCUGCUACAGCCCAACCCAAUUGAUCAUACUGGUGCCAGAAUUGAGGAGUUUCUUUUUGAAAAACUGGACUGGAAGGUGCCGUCCAGGGUUACUAAUGCAGAGCUGCUGGGUCAGUAUAUGCAGGAUGCAGCAAAAGAGUUUGAUCUUGGAACGCCAUAUGGGAACACUUUGGAGAAGGUGGGGGAGUGUGAGAAAAGAUUAGGAGAAGCAGAGAGGGAGUUCCUCCAGACGUCAGCCAUCAGCUUUCUUACACCCCUCAGGAACUUUCUGGAAGGAGACUGGAGAACUAUUUCAAAAGAACGUCGCCUUCUGGAGAAUCUUCGCCUGGACCUUGAUGCCUGUAAAACACGAGUGAAGAAGGCAAAGGUGGCUGAAGCAAAGGCCGUGACAACUCCAGAUUUUCAGGAAACCAGACCUCGCAACUAUGUGCUUUCUGCCAGCGCCUCUGCGCUCUGGACCGAGGAAGUGGAAAAAGCUGAACAUGAGCUCCGAAUAGCCCAAACAGAGUUUGAUCGCCAAGCAGAGGUCACACGAUUGCUUUUGGAGGGCAUCAGUAGUACGCAUGUGAAUCAUUUGCGCUGCCUGCAUGAAUUUGUGGAGGCCCAAGCAGCUUAUUACAAGCAGUGUCACCUCCACAUGCAGGAGCUACAGAAAGAGCUGGGAAGGCUUCCUAAUGCUUUCGCACUGAACUCCACAAACGCCAUUGCUACUCCCAGUAUGGUGACAGAAGGCAGCAGCAGCCCAGUGGAAACUGACACCCUUAAGAUCGAAGAAGUUCAAGCACCAGCUACAGGAACCCGCAAAGCCAGAGUCCUUUAUGAUUACGAUGCAGCGGAUUCCAGUGAGCUCUCCCUUCUGGCUGACGAGCUCAUCACAGUUUACACAGUGCCUGGAAUGGACUCUGACUGGCUGAUUGGAGAGAAAGGAAACCAUAAAGGAAAAGUGCCGGUCACAUACCUGGAGCUUCUCAGUUAGACAGCGCACACACGUAUGCAUGUGCAUGUGUGUGAUUGGACACAUAGUGAAGCCACAAAGAAUUUCUCACUCUUACACUAACCUCUAAUCCUCAAUAACACUUCUCCCAAAUACACAAAAUGCUUCUCAGUCAGCAGUGAAAAUAGAGACACUCUUAUAGUGACUCGAGGAAAAUCCUCAUUGGGGAUGGUUAACAUUCCUUUCAGUUUUCUGUUUGUGAUGUUUUUGUGUUAUGUGCAUCCCAAAGUUUCAAGCAGGCGUCCCCAUGCUUGAAUGAAAUUAUAUUGGUGCGUUUCAUGUCUUUGCUAUAUUUUAAAACUGCUUUCUUUGCUAAGCUCUGAUGAAGAAUUGAAUUGUAAAAGUCUAAAUUAUUCUCUCACAGAGAUUAGAAGUGUAAGCUUUCACUGAACUGGGUCUAAAUGACGAAAUGCCUCAGUUUUUCUUCAAAAGGCAGCGGGGCGCGUGAAACAAUUUCCUGUUCUUAAUUCUUUGGGUUAAAGUGGUGAUAUUAGGCGACUAAAGAAGAAGUGAAAACAAACGGGACUUCUUUAUGUUGUAUUAUUUUCCAGUCCCACUUCAUAUGUGAGGAGCAGGGAAACCAUUGAGGCCACUUUUUGGUUUGUUUGAAAGAUGUGACAGUUUCCUUCUUUUGCUGCAAAUGUGUUUGCCCCUUCCCUUUUUUUCCUCACAGUGACUCUUGUGAUUACGUUAACUUAUUGGUGAUGAAACUGUCACAUAUGAUGAUUUACCAUAGUUUACAGUUUACACUGCAGAAUUGUAAACCACUGAAACUGUUUGUGAGGA